AAACCCCUGCGCUCUAUAAGCCGAGCAAAGGGGAAGGACUUGAAGCCUAUGGGAUGGCUUUAGGGCUCUGCCCCUCGCUUUUGGCUCUCUCUCUCUCUCUUUCUCAUUCUCUCUCGUGCUUUGAUCUCUGCUUAACAACAGUAACGUCACGGACUAUACAGGAGAGUUUUGUUGGAAGUUAGAAAGUUUUUCAGCCUCCAGAGGGCUGUAGCGGCAGUAGCAGCAGCAGCAUCCAAGGGACUCCUGGAAGGGGAAGAGAGAGAGCGAGCGAGAGACUGACUCAGUCCUUGAGGAACUGACUCGAGACGAAGGAGGCAGACAUGGAACAUCAGCUGCUGUGCUGCGAGGUGGAGACCAUCCGACGAGCCUACCUGGACGCCAACCUGCUCAAUGACAGGGUGCUGCAGACCAUGCUGAAGGCGGAGGAGACCUGCUCGCCCUCGGUGUCCUACUUCAAGUGCGUGCAGAAGGAAAUCUUGCCAUAUAUGAGGAAAAUAGUCGCCACUUGGAUGCUGGAGGUCUGCGAAGAGCAGAAGUGCGAAGAGGAAGUUUUCCCCUUGGCGAUGAAUUAUUUGGACAGAUUUUUGUCGUUCGAACCCCUCAAGAAAAGCCGGUUGCAAUUGCUCGGAGCUACCUGCAUGUUUGUGGCUUCCAAAAUGAAGGAAACGAUUCCUCUGACCGCGGAAAAACUGUGCAUUUAUACCGACAACUCCAUCAGACCCGACGAGUUACUGCAAAUGGAGCUGCUGCUGGUGAAUAAGCUGAAAUGGAAUCUGGCUGCAAUGACCCCCCACGAUUUCAUUGAACAUUUCCUCACUAAAAUGCCUCUGGCAGAGGACACCAAACAGAUCAUCCGUAAACAUGCUCAGACUUUUGUGGCUCUGUGCGCUACAGAUGUUAAAUUUAUUUCAAACCCACCUUCCAUGAUCGCAGCUGGCAGUGUGGUAGCAGCUGUGCAAGGCCUGCAUCUGGGGAACACUAACACUUUCCUCUCCUAUCAAUGCCUCACACAUUUCCUAUCACAAGUUAUCAAAUGUGAUCCGGAUUGUUUACGAGCCUGCCAAGAACAGAUUGAAUCCCUCCUUGAAUCCAGUCUACGCCAGGCACAGCAGCACAACGUAUCUUCAGAAACAAAGACUGUAGAGGACGAAGCAGACCUUUCCUGCACACCCACUGAUGUGCGAGAUGUGAACAUUUAAGAGGACUUCUUCUAAUGGGUUUGCUUGGCAAGAGAAGCAGACAAAGAAAGGGCAUCUGAGAAGGAAUCAGCAUCGGGAUCUCCCCCCCAGAAACCCUUUUCUCCAGGACAUUUUUAUACCAGAAGGGAAAACCAGUCUUGUUAUAUUUUUUCUUGCUCUGUCUCCCUUCCAUCUGUGACUUCAAACAAACAAAUAAACAAAAAAUACCCCAAAAACUGUCUUAAAAAAGGAAAAAAAUAGUAUUUGCAUUGCCCCCAGGGGUCUGUGCUACAAAAAUAGAGGAUUUUAUACAAUAAUAAUCAACUAGUUUUUAUAUUAAAGUGUUCUUGUCUGUAUGUUGUAAAAAUAGGCAUUAACACACAAAAUGUCUCCAGGGGAGGUAUUAGAUUUGAUUUCUUACAUAUAAAACCAACCAACCAACCAACCAUUUUUAAAGUAGAAGAGGGUUUUUUUAGAUAGUAAAUGAAAUAUUCUUUUUUUUUUUUCCUUUAAAAAGCAUAACUUUAACGCAGUUCUAGGCUUUUCUGUAUCUUGCUUGCUUAUGCAUUUAGUCACUUUAUAAUUCAUCUGUAAAUGUUUAUUUUAUUUCCUUAGUUUUUUUUUUUUUAUCCUCUUCACCUUAUAAAUGGUUAACGUAACCCAUAAGUUAGUGUAUGUUAGUAUACAGCAUUAUUAUAUGUUAAUCUUUUUUUUUGUGUGUGUGCCUGUGGAUUGCCUGUGCAUUUGUAGGGUUCCAGCUUAGCGUUGUUGGGAAAGGCCAAUGUACUACUCAUACGAUACUCUAUUAUAAAGAGAAACCGAAAUAGUGACAUAAUAUAUUAUAUUUUUGUAAUCUUCAUAUUUUUGUAGUUACCUGUGUAAAAAUGCUGGUCUGACCCCACAGAUAUUCAGCCUAAUUAUGGUCAGGUUCAAUCCACAGUUUAGUCUUUUUUGUUUGUUUGUAAUAUUCUAAAACCAUUCCAUUCAAAGCACUUUCAGUCCAUUAGAUAUAGGAAAUACAUUCUUUUAUUGUGUGGGAAUUUUUUUUUUUUUUUUAAUGGAAUGGUUUGGAAAUAUAUUAAGUGCUUGUUCGCAAACUCAGAAUUGCAAAGCAAGUGCAUUUAACUAUGGUGUUAGAGGAAAGGUGAUUUUUUUUCCGAAGGUUGUGUUCCAGUGAGAGAAAUUGCAUUCACAAAUUGCCAGGAUAUCUUCCUAUCCUUUUCUAUAGAAAAGUUGAAGUUUAGAAAUCCUUUGGUGCCAACACAUGGUUAUAAAUUAGGGGCCUUAAAGGUUCACGUAUAGGACGCAUAGUUUAAGGACUGUCUCUAGAUGUUUUACAACUGAAGGUUUUUAAACACUAAAAUAUAUAAUUUAUAGUUAAGGCUAAAAAGAAUAUUUAUUGCAGAGGAUGUUCGUAAGGCCAGUAUGAUUUGUAAAAUAAUGCAAUCGCCCCUUUUUGAAAAAAAGAAUCGUUCUACCCUUGAUGUCGCAGUUUUAACACAGCUUAUUAAAGAAAAAGGACACGCUUCAGAGAACAAACCCAAAACCAAGCAGUCUAUUUGGCCCCUUAGACAUUUUCAAUAGCAGGCUAACCAUGAAAAAAAACGCCAUAGUUAAUAGAUAUGAAAAUUGGAGUACUUGAAAGAAGUUCUUAUUCCAGUAUAUGCCCCAUUUUUUUUUUUUUUAUUUAGCUACAAAUAGAAAAUUUGCACAUCUUGGCUAUGUAUCUUUUUAUUAUUAUUUUAGGAAGUAGCUGAAGGGACGUGGACAUAGCUGUUGAAGUUGAUGCUCGAGGAGAAUGUGAUGGUGAAAUGUAUGUGAGAAAACUGCCGCUAAGGUGUUGAUUGUAAAAACAAUACAAAACAAAAAAAAGGAACAGAGAAAAAAAAAAAAAGAAAAAAGAAAAAAAUUAAAAAAAAAAAAAAGAAAAAAGAGAAAAGAAAAGGAGUGGAUGCUCCAUUUUUAUUGAGCUGCUAUGGAUAAAUUCCCAGCAUGGUUUGAAAAAAAAUUAACAUUGCUUUUCUGUAUCUUUGUCAUUGUGUUUUGCUGCUAUUUUGUGGAUCAGUUUUUUUUUUUUUUUUUUUUUUUUUUUGUUAUACAAUGUCAUAUACUGCCAUGUUAUAGGUUUUAAUUUUCUCAUAGAAAAUUAUAUUAUUGACAUCAAUUUUUUUUUUUUGUAGAUUUUUUAUGUGAUCAAUUUUUACUUAAUGUGAUUACUGCUCUAUUCCAAAAAGGUUCCUGUUUCACAAUACCUCAUACUUCAGUUAACCAUGUCUAGACCAGGUUUUAAUGUUCGUACACAGUGCCUCAUAGUUCUACUGCAAAUGGAAAUGCAUCGAACGUUAUUCUGAAUGGGUCUCGCGAUUUGCAACUAGGUUGCAUUGAUUUAAAGACAGCAGACAUUUCAGAAGAUCGAGUAAUGUCGCUUUUUGUUGUUACACAUUUUAUAAAGCUGGAUUCUUUGUCUGAUCUGGGGUUUAUUAUCAUAGUAGUUCUAAGCUGUGUUAUUAGCCACAUUGAUAUAUGAAAGGUGCAUUAUAAUAUAACUUUUGUAUGCCACCUGAUGUGGUUCCCGUCAGUUGGGAUCCAUCACUUGGUGUGAUAGGUUAUCUUCUGGAACUCUUAAGUAUUUUGUGUGUUUAAUCUGUUAUGAUAUACUAGGGUUGUUUGUUGUUUUGUUUUUUGUUUUUUUUUUAAAUUUUUUUUUUUGUUAAUUAUAGCAUAAUGCUAAUUUAAAAAGCCUGUAAAUCUCAUAAAUAAGCCAGCUAACAGAGUUGUAUGCUGAAGAAUAAUCUAGCUGUUGCCUGUAUGCUGCUAAACCAAAACAGAAUUAGAACUCUUUUGAGGCAAAUGCAGUUAAGACCCUACAUAGUGCAUAAACAGAGCAUUGCAAUGCUACUAGCAGUCGCAGGACCCAGGAGGACUGGAUACAUUCUGUCCAAAUUUCAGGAACAUUUCUUACUGCUUACCUCAUAAAACACUUCUGUUUGUGGCAUCUCUGUGUCUCUGAACCAAACAUGAUUACUGAGUUAGUGGUUGUUGGUUAUGUUAUGUGUUACACUGAGUGGCAGUGUGUACUGCAAAUUUCUUUCCAAUAUUGUAUGUACUGAAAUGCCAAAUCCAGAUACGUGGGUUCAUGUGCCAACAGAGAUGCUUUGUUUGUCACGUUGUUAUAACAAUCUGUAGUAAGCAAGCAAUUCAGAUUUGUACAUUUUUAUAUUGUACUUAUUGGCAUCACUGGUCUGAAAUGCACAUUUUCACCAACAGACCUGUAACAGACAAGUUUCCAGCAAAAAAAAAGAAAAAAAAACAACACUAAAGUCUAGAAAUAAAAUUGGUAAAACCCA